AUGGCUGCUGGGGCUACUGCCGGGGAGAGCCAACUCCAGAGGAUUAUCCGAGAUCUGCAUGAUGCUGUUGCAGAGCUAGCAAAGGAGUACAGGGAAAGUGAGCCUAUCACUGAUGACAGUACCAACCUGCACAAAUUCUCCUACAAACUGGAGUACCUGCUUCAGUUCGACCAGAAGAAGAAAGACCACAUUUCUUGGUACAAGGAAGAUUAUUGGGAGUACUUCAGUGACUGUCUGGCUAAAGUCAAAGGAGCCAAUGAUGGGAUCCGCUUUGUCAAGUCCAUCACAGAGCUUAAGACCUCUGUGGGAAAAGGACGAGCAUUUAUCCGUUACUCCCUCGUACACCAGCGACUUGCUGACACCCCACAGUGCCUGAUGAACCAGAGAGUCACAAGUGACUGGUACUAUGCAAGAAGCCCCUUCUUGAAGCCUCACCUCAGUGUUGACAUAAUCAAUCACCUGUACGAACUGAAUGAAGUUCAGUUUGAUGUAGCUUCAAGAGGACAUGAUCUCGAUGCCUCCUGGCCAACUUUUGCAAGGCGGACACUGGGAAGUGCAAAUUCACCCGGACACAUGUGGAAGCCACCGAGUCGUAGCUCAAGCAUUAAUAGUUUAGCCAGCACCUACUCCCAGCAAGCUCCUGAAUUCCCCUACAGUCCUGACUACGGCCAGGGUCUGCUGAACGACCUGAAUGAGUCUCUGCCUGUUUGCACAGAAGAUGACGGCACAGUUGAGAACCUUCGUCUAGCGCUAGACCAGUCCGAGCUGAACCAGCGAGAGCUCGAAGAUAAGAUGAAGCAGCUGGGCGACGAGUCAGCUGAGCUCAGGGGGGUAGUCGUGGAGCUCCAGAGGCAGCUAGAUGUGUCCCUCACUCUCCAAGAGCAGCAGCAGGGAUUGCAGGGAGAAUUCAAGGCUCUGCAGGGGAAAGAGAUGGCGCUGUCCAUGGAGGUGGAAGCACUCAGGACUGUGGAAAAAGCCAGGGAGACUGAGCAACAACUGCUUCAGGAGAAGCUGGCAGCAGCUGAAGGGAAGAACAUAGAGCUCAUGGCCAAGUUGGAUGGGGUUCUGAAUGAGAAGGGCCAGCAAGCAACCAGUCACUUUGAUUCAGCUCAGAAGAUACACGAGCUGCUGGACAGAUUGAAAGAUGCAGAGAAAGGGAAGAUGCAAGCUGUGGCUCAAGCAGAGGAUACAAAGAGACAGGCAGAAAGGCUGGAGGAGGAGCUGAGAGUCAAAGAGGCAGCUGCAAAGAAUGGUGAAACAAAACUCGAAGCAUUGGUCACAUCUGCAUCUGAAGAGAAGUCCAAGUUGGCGAUGAAAGUGGAGGAGCAGUGCAGCGCACUUGAUAAGCUGCAGGGGGCCUUGACUGUUAGAGAAAAGGAGGCAAGCAACCUGCAGAGGCAGCUGCAGGAUCUCCAAAGAUCUCUAGAACAGAAGGAGGAGGAGGUGGAGGAGGUGAAAAGGAAGGCGCACCAAGAGAAAGAUGAGAUGCAGAAGAAGGCUGGUGGAUUAAAGGUGUCUCUAGAAGCAGAAGUCACUGCACUUAAGGAGCAACUGAAGAGAAAAGAGGCAGAGCUAACCUCAAUCUGUGAGACACUACAUCAGCUAGAAGCUAAGAACCAAGGCCUGACCACAGAGAGGGUGAAACUGACCUCUAACCUCGCUGAGCUGGAGGGGACUGUCAAGGAACAGGCCGUGAAGAUAGACAACUACAAGACUCAGUGCACCAAUCUGAUUGAGCUCCAUGAGAAACUGCUGGCCACGUCGAAGAGAAACGAGGAGCUGAUGAAGGAGAUGGCGGAAAACAGAACAGUACUUGAAGCAGAAUUGGCAGCUCUGAGGGCUUCUGAGAAACAGCUUCGCGGCCAGCUGGAUGAUACCAAGAUGACAGUGGAUGAGAAAGAGAAGCAUUUGCGUGAGGAGAACAGCAAGCUUGAUGAGAAUCUCCAGCGAGCAAACCUCGCCGCAAAGCUCUCAGAGGACACAUCAAAGCGACUGGAGCAGGAGAACCAGAGCCUGAGAGAGGAGCAGGACAAGGUGAAAGCAGCUCUGAGCCGCAUGCAAGCCGACCUGAAGAGUGUUCACGGUCAGAUUGGAGAGUUGGAGAAGAAUUUAGGAGCAUCCCGCAAGAAUGAAGCAAGCCUUCAGGAGCAGCUACAAGCCAAAGAGACACAGCUAGAAGGCAAAGAGAAGAACCUUGUUGCGCUGCAGUCCACGUUAAAAGCUUUGGAGGCCAGAGAGAAGGAACUGGAGACUGCAAAAUCUGAUGCAGAAGCUGCGUUAGUUAAACAGUCAGAAGUGAUGCAAAGGUUAACCUGUGAGAAGCAAGUGAUGGAGAAAUCUCAGCUGGAGAGGAGCGCAGUCCAAGCAAAGGACAACCAGGAAGUGGCAGGCAAACUGGCAUUACUUGAAGGCCAGCUGGAGGUGAGCAUGAAAGAUGUGGCCAGGCUCCAGGGAGAGAUCCUGGACCUUAGGGUGCAAGUGCAGAGAUCUGAGGAGGAAAAGCUGAAAUCCAGAACACAGUUGGAGGUGACAGAGGCCCAAAGAGAUGAGCUCAGGACUCUGACUGAGCAGCUUAAAGCUCAAACAGAGAAACUGAAUCAGCAACAUGUAGCAGAGCUUAUGGAGUGCAGGAAGAGAGAAGAGACCCUGAUUGAGCAGCGUGAUAGAGAAGUAGCCGCCCACUCCGAGUUAGUUAUCUCCUCGGCGGCUCUCCGAGAACAGCUCUCAACCCUCAAGGCAGAAAAUGACAGGUCAGUAUCAGAGACAAACGAGAUACGAGAGGGUCUGCACAGGGCAAACACAGAGAUGGCCGAGCUGGGGAUCACCAUCUGUAAGCUCAGUGCAGAAAAAGAGGAGGCCAGAGAGUAUUUGGUGGGGGACGCCGCCAAGAUUGAAGAACUAGAGGAAGAGGUGGAGAGGCUAGGAGAGAGCAUGUUUCAACUACGAGAGGAGAAUACCAAUCUGAAAGAGGAGAUAAAACAGAAGGAGAAACUUCAAAACACUAUCCCUGAGCUCCAGGAGCAGCUGGAGAAAGCCACGACACAAAUGCAGAGUGUCAAGGACUCUGGCCGAGAGGAGGCAGAGGCUAUCAAGUUCCAGUUGAGCUCUGAGAGUAUGAAUCACCAAGUUCAAAUGAAGAAUACGAAUGAGCAGCUCGACAAGGUGAAAGCUCAGCUGCAGGAGGAGUUGGAGAAUGUGUCCAGCUUGCAGGCCAGAGUGUCUGAACUAGAGGCUGUAAAUGAGCAGUAUUUGCACCUCAGCUGCGAAAAAGAUGCUCACAUCACAAAGACAGAAAUAACCAUUCGAGAGAGUGAAAGUGAGCUUCAGCACCUCAGAGAUGCAGUAACCAGGGCUGAAGAAGCACAGCACGCUGUGCAAAAGGACUGCGAGGAAUUGAGACAGCAACUCAACACAACAGAAGCUGCCAAACAAACUGAGUGCCUGAAGCUGACUGCAGAAAUCGAUGACCUCAACAGAACCAAGACCAACCUUGAGGAGCGGCUCAUUGAGCUUAUAAGGGAUAAAGAUGCUCUGUGGCAGAAAUCUGACGCUCUAGUUGAGCAAAAACUGCGAGCAGAGGAGCGCUGGUGGUCGGACAAAGAGACCACUCACUGCCUCACCUGCAAGGGUCAGUUCACCUGGUAUCUGCGCAGACAUCACUGCAGGCUUUGUGGUCGCAUCUUUUGCUACUACUGCAGCAACAACUUCGUAAUGACCAAGCACAGCGGGAAGAAGGAGCGCUGCUGCAAAGAAUGUUACACGCAGAACAGCGCAGUGGUGGAGAGGUUCACAGAGGCAGAGAUGAGCGCCUCAGACAGUCAGCCUCCACCACCUGGGGCCGGGCCUGAGCCACCUUCUGAACCUGCACCAUAUAAACCCACUCCCAGAGUAACAGUUAAUCCAAUUAAUCUUUGACUUCCCAGUGUCAAACCCAAGUACCAAGCUGAUGACGGAGCUUACGACAUAAUCACAGAAGAGGAAGUGAACGGCGUCUACGACAGUGACUCCACCUCUCAGACCACAGCAGGCUCCAUCGAGGGAGAACAAGACCAACGGACUCCAGGAGCUCUGGAUUUAAGCACAGGAGACGUGACGCCUGAUGAUACCGAGGAGCACAUUUCCACUGUUCAGGACUCUGAAAUCAACCUCCUCAGAUCAGGAGAAGUUACGGUGGCUGUCCCUCUCAGCAUUGAGGAUAUUUCUCAAUUCGGUGAUGGUUCCAGGGAACUUUUCAUCAAGUCUAGCUGUUACAGCGUGAUCACUGUUGCUGUGGGCGACAGCGGGCCAACCAUCAGCUGGAUGUUUUCCUCAGAACCAAAGAGCAUCUCCUUUAGUGUGGUGUACAGAGAAUCUGCUGACACUCAGGUGGAACAGUCAAAGGUUCUGAUUCCUCUCACUCGCUGUAAUUCCCAUAAAGAGACAAUACAAGGACAGCUGAAAGUGCGACAGCCCGGCCUCUACACACUCAUCUUCGACAACUCAUUUUCACGCUUCCUAUCUUAUUUCAUCCUCUACCACCUGACCAUGGAGAAGCCCAUCAUCUAUGACGGAAGCGACUUCCCGUGAAGCUAGCUGACACCUGCUCCUGGAGAGGCAUCUUCCUGAUGUCGCAAAGACACUAUAUGACGUUAGUGUGGCAACACUUUAAAGAUAGCGAUCUAAUGACUGUUAAUUUCCAACUACAAUGAGCUAUGCUCCCAAGAAUCUUUUUCAUUUAUGAUUUCAGCUUAAAUCCUGCAUUGUUUUACUCUGUGGUAUUAUUUUUUAUGGUGUGCACACAUUGUCAUUGUAACCAAGUGAAGGUUUGUCGAGAAGAUGAAAAGAGUUCUGAAACGAAACUGAAAGAGAAAUGUUUAUGCAAAUGUUUGCAUUUUUUAUUUAAUAUACACCAAGUAAUAUAUACAUAUACCUGUAGUUCAGUUAGCUCUAAUUUACUAAGUUACUCAGACAUAUCGUUUUCUUUUUUCUCUCUGUUAUAUUCAUCAGGUUGGUUUGGCCCCACUUUUUUUCCUUACUGGCAACUCUGGGGAAAAAAAGGCUGUUGUCAGGUAACAAAUACGUAUCUGUAAUUGUUGUCACUGAAGACUUAUAGGGAAGAUUCCAGAAAUGUCUGAACUCAGCCAUUUUAAAAGAUUUCAAACAUUUUGGAAUCUUGAAAAUCAAAAUAAGCAGAAAAGGUGCAGAAAGAUAUUUCACUGGUGGCCAGUUUAUGACUUGACUCUCUAAACACGAAGCUUGCACUUCAUAAAGUGAAAGUAGUAGUUACUGGCAUGGGAAAACUUCACUUUACUUAAAAUAACAAAAUAAGUGCACUUUGUGCAGAUCUCAGGAGACAUAUUUUAAUUUUUUCCUCCAAUUGUAGUAUGUCCUUACUUAAGAAAAAGCUGCCAUCUUAUUUGAUGUUUCAGGCGAACCUACAAAUCCUUUUUUCUGACUUCAUGUGAAAUUACUAUGACACUCAGUCAUGAAGUGUAUUUAUAUCAGUGAGCUAAUGAGCCACUGGUCUUUCAAAGUGCCUUUUAACUCUAAAUGCCAGGGACUUAUUUGCUUUUAAAACUGUAUUUUUAUUCACACGGAACAUGACAAUUGGUACAAAUUGGUACCGCUAAGUAAAAUCUUCGGUUGAUACUCAACUACAUUUAAUCUCAAUAUGCACAAUAUCAAAUGUAUUACAGUCCUAACAGUUUUAUUAGAGUAAAUGGUUUUUUUUUUCAGUUUGAAUUGUUCUUUAAGAAAUUAUUGUGUGCUGUUCAUUGUUUUGUUUUUUAUUUGGCAAGGCAAUAAGAAAAGAAAGCAUUGUCAGUUUUAGAAGGGCUUAUCUCUGCUGCUUGUGUGGAGAUCAGUUUAGCAUCUCACAGUCAGGUGUCUUUUGUAUUUUUUUUAAUGGGUGUAAAUUGCUGCAAUUUCAAAAUCGUAUAUUUUCUCUACACAGCUGCACUUUUGUGAUGAUGAUUUUAUAAAUUGUUACAAGCAAUAUCAAAUCUGUUAAGUUUACAUGAUCUUUAAAACGAAUUCACACAGGGAUAGAUUUUUCUACUUGCUGUUUUUGGAUGAUAAUUUUGGAGGCAUGAAUCAUCACUACAAGCACUCAGUGUAACUAGAAAAAGGCCUGUCAGAUAAAUAUAAAUAAAAUGUUUGGGGGGUUGAUGAUUCCA